GUCGUCGCGUACCUGGCCGUAAGCCAGGGAACGCUAGAGGUAUUAUCCCAGGUUCGUGGAGAUUUCGAUAAAGAUUACGAACUUUGUAUUGGCGAUGAUGCACUGAUUACAGUGCAAGUAAGGUUAUAUGUCCUUUUAACAUUUGUAGCUCGUUGCUUUUUCCCCAUAUCUAAUAAGCCACAUUUCAUAAAAAACCAGAAAUAUGGGGAAAACGGUGUUCUUCGUGCUGAUUGCGUCCAUUUUCGGCGUGCCCGUCUCGACGUCAGGAAAUACGAACAUCAACGAGGAAGAAACUGUGCAGGUUAAGAAGUGCUACAAGGAGCUGGGAUGCUUCGAUUCUGAGGGCUUCUUCCAUGCUCUGUACCGACCCGUCAACUUCUUCCCCGACGGGCGAAGUCUGAUCAACACCAUGUUCGCCUUCUACUCGCGUAAGAACCCGAUCAAGGAGAAGAUUAUCAAGUGGUCGACGCCCGUGAGCGAAUACUCGCGGCUGCCUUUCAACGCCAGCAGGCCCACCAAGGUCAUCACGCACGGAUGGCUGGACGCGGUGUACUUCGGACAGUGGAUGACGAAAAUGAAGAAUGCUUUGCUAUUGAACGGCGACUACAACGUAAUCACCGUUGACUGGCGAGGAGGAAAUGGACUGCCCUAUGCGCAAGCCACAGCCAAUACGCGACUUGUAGGGGCCGAGAUAGCCACCAUGAUUCAGAAGCUUCAGAAAGUGUUCAAGGCAAACGUGUCCACUUUCCACAUCAUGGGCCACAGCCUGGGAGCCCACGUCGCCGGAUACGCGGGAGAGAGGAUUCACGGGCUUGGACGAAUAACGGGUUUGGAUCCUGCUGACCCGUACUUCCAACACAUGCCUGCCUUCGUUCGGCUGGACCCGACCGAUGCGCGCUUUGUGGACAUUGUACACACCGAUGGAGGGACGGUUCUUGAUUUGGUCCAAGGGAAAGGCCUGGGAAUGUACGAACCGGCAGGACACCUGGACUUCUACCCUAAUGGCGGAAGUAAAAUGCCUGGGUGUUCUUUCGGAACGAGCAUAUCGUCUACUUUCAGCAAAGGCAUCAUGCAAGCCAUGCGUUCUGCCGUCGUGUGUAACCACGAGCGGGCCGUGACGUACUACCUGGAGACAGUGAGUGACCGGACCUGCAAGUGGAUGGCCUUCGCCUGCCCGUCGUACCACAUGUACCAGCGGGGCCAGUGCUCGGACUGCGGCCACGAUGGCUCCCGUUGCGCGCGCAUGGGGUUUUACGCGGACAAGUGGAAACCCAAAAGCAACACCUCGGUCCGAAUGUAUCUGACCACCAUGAAAGCGUACCCGUACUGCGCUUUCCAAUACUCCCUGAUUAUCGAGCUUUACAAGGACGACAAAACUGUAUCGGCGACCGGAUAUUUCACCCUUACCUUAGACGGAGAACAUGGGAGUACCGACAUCCAGAUAAACAAAAAGCCAUUGACGCUGUAUCCGAGAGCUCAACACCCGUUCCUGGUAACGACGGACAAGAACGUGGGCAGAAUCCUGAGGGCCUCCUUCUCGUACGAGAGCAGUCGCUACCUUUUCUUCCGGACAAACCUGCAGCUGUGGAGAGUGCGCGUGUUGUCCAUGAACGAACCGGUGAACAGAGAGGGCAAGAAGAAUAAUACGUUGGCUUUCUGUUACCACGACAGGGCUGGCAUUCCACCCGGAGAGGGAGCCCAUCUGAUCCCGUGCUAACAUUUUCGCAAGAUUAAAAAAAAGAAAAAAAGCAGCAAUGACUUCAACGGCAACACAAAAUCUA